GCGAAAAUCUGAUGGCGAAUGGGUUCGGGUUAGGCCUACUCCUAAUGCUUAUAUCAUUAAUGUUGGUGACAUGAUUCAGGUUUGGAGCAAUGAAGCAUAUGAAAGUGUUGAGCAUAGGGUUAUGGUGAACUCUGAGAAAGAAAGGUUUUCAAUUCCAUGCUUUUUGAAUCCUUCACACUACACCAUGGUGGAACCAUUAGAGGAGCUGGUAAAUGAGAACAACCCUGCCAAAUACAAGCCUUACAACUGGGGCAAGUUUUUAGUCACUAGAAAGCGCAGCAAUUUCAUGAAGCUUGAUGUUGAAAAUAUUCAAAUUUAUAAUUUCAAGGUUUAGAUGAAGAGAGGGAUUAUGGAAAACAUGUUAUGCUUCAUUUACUUAGAAAUAAGCAAUGCUAAUGUAUAUUUUUUACCUGUCUUGAAUAAAAGUAGCAAUUUUGAAAGUAAAUCAACAAAUUUGAUAACCACAGCAUUGCUUUGUUUAC